AUGUCUCGGUUUCUCAACGGACCCUUCAAGCCCUCUUCCCUCAUACACAAGAGAGGAGCACGUGUGUUCUCAUCUUCUGUAACCGGACCCUUUAGGAGAUUUGGGAAUAGGGUUAAGUAUGAGCUCAGCGAUGAAGAUGUUCACAUGUUCGAUGCUUCAAAGGAAGGUGAUGUGUUUUUGUCCCUGACUCAAGACUCGUGGCAACUCAAGACUCAUGGCAACCACACUUGGAUGGGGACUUUACCGUUGCCAGAUUAA